CUUCAAGAUGUCAGCGUCCAGAAGAAGUAGGCCAAAACAUCAAGUUUCGAAAGAAACACUGAAAAGGCUUGUUAGUGACCAGGCAAAAGAAGAAUCACUAAAAAGUAAAGUAAAGCAGCAAUCGCAAGAUGACGAUGCAUCUUCCUGGACGCCCACCACAGGGACUACAUUCAAGGCACUACUUUCAAUCAGACUCUCAGCCGCCAUGUGGUCAACCAUUACAGAUUGUGAUGAGACUUACAACUAUUGGGAGCCAACCCAUUAUCUGCUAUUUAAGAGCGGGUUUCAAACAUGGGAAUACUCACCAGAAUAUGCAAUAAGGUCAUAUGCCUACCUCUGGCUUCAAGCCCUUCCUCUACAUAUAUACAGAACUCUAGUUCCUUCAACCAAGAUAGUUCUAUUCUAUAUGAUGAGAUGUAUGUUUGCCUUGUUGUGUACACUUGCAGAAGUAUAUUUCUACAGGGGUGUUUGUAAAGCAUUUGGUGCCAAUGUUGGUCGCAUCACUAUAGGGUUUAUGGUCCUGAGUGCUGGAAUGUACAUAUCUUGUACAGCAUAUCUACCAAGCACUUUUACAAUGUACAUGACACUACUGGCAUUUGGAGGCUGGUUUCACAGACAUAAUCAGGUUGCAAUCUCAGCUGUGGCUGCCAGUGCUUUACUAGGAUGGCCCUUUGCUGGAGCCCUUGGGGUACCCAUUGCUCUUGACCUGCUGUUUAGAGAGAAGAAAUGGUUUUACUUCUUUAAAUGGGCAGUCAUAUCUGGAAUCUCUUGCCUCGCAUUCUUAGUACAAGUGGACAGUUAUCAUUAUGGGAAAACAGUGAUAGCUCCAUUGAACAUAGCAUUUCUAGUACAAGUGGACAGUUAUCAUUAUGGGAAAACUGUGAUAGCUCCAUUGAACAUAGUUCUCUACAAUGUCUUUAGUGAACAUGGUCCAAAUAUAUAUGGGGUAGAGCCAUGGUAUUUCUACUUUAUCAAUGGCUUCCUUAACUUUAAUAUUAUCUUCUUCAUGGCGCUUGUAGUGCUACCUUUUUCACUUAUGGUCAGAGCAAUAACCCAACAUAAAACAGGAGAAAGUAAGCCUCUAUGGUUAUCUACUAGUGCCUUGUAUAUAUGGGUCCUGAUAUUCUUCACAAGACCUCACAAAGAGGAGAGGUUCUUAUUUCCCAUCUACCCCUUGAUUUGUCUAUGUGGAGCAGUUACAUUAGAACAUAUACAGUAUAUGUGGUCUUACCUCAGCAAUAAGAAACCCAGCCAUAUCUCUGGUCUACAACUAAGUAGUGGCUCAAUGUGGUUAGCAGGAUUGUGUAUCAUAGGGUCAUCUGUACUGUCAGCUGCCAGAGUGGGAGCUAUUUAUAAUGGCUACUCUGCCCCUCUUAACAUCUACCUUGAUCUAAAUAGGGCUGCCAAUGACCCUGCUGUUCAUACACUUCCCCAUGGGAAGACUGUCAAUGUAUGUGUGGGCAAGGAAUGGUACAGAUUCUAUAGUUAUUCUGCACCUCUUAACAUCUACCUUGAUCUAAAUAGGGCUGCCAAUGACCCUGCUGUUCAUACACUUCCCCAUGGGAAGACUGCCAAAGUGUGUGUAGGCAAGGAAUGGUACAGAUUCUAUAGCUACUCUGCCCCUCUUAACAUCUACCUUGAUCUAAAUAGGGCUGCCAAUGACCCUGCUGUUCAUACGCUUCCCCAUGGGAAGACUGUCAAUGUAUGUGUGGGCAAGGAAUGGUACAGAUUCUAUAGCUACUCUGCCCCUCUUAACAUCUACCUUGAUCUAAAUAGGGCUGCCAAUGACCCUGCUGUUCAUACGCUUCCCCAUGGGAAGACUGUCAAUGUCUGUGUAGGCAAGGAAUGGGCUGCCAAUGACCCAGCUGUUCAUACACUUCCCCAUGGGAAGACUGUCAAUGUAUGUGUGGGCAAGGAAUGGUACAGAUUCUAUAGCAACUUCUUCCUUCCUGAUGAGCACUGGCAGAUGCAUUUCCUUCAGUCAGAGUUCAAAGGUCAACUACCCAGCAAGUAUGGACCCGGAAAUAAUGCAACGUCCAUAAUACCAACCCAUAUGAAUGAUAAAAAUACAGAGGAAACUUCAAGAUAUUUUGAAGUGAACAAGUGCCAUUAUUUGAUAGAUGUUGACUUAGGGAGUUACACAGACUUAGAGCCACAGUAUAGUGCACAACCAGAGUGGCAGUUUGAAGUGAAUAAGUGCCAUUAUUUGAUAGAUGUUGACUUAGGGAGUUACACAGACCUAGAGCCACAGUAUAGUGCACAACCAGAAUGGCAGGUCCUAAGUUCAAGUCCAUUCCUACAUGCUUCCAAAUCUCACCCAUUACUCCGUGCCUUCUACAUUCCUAUACUCUCAGACAUGUAUUCUACAUAUGGACAAUAUCACUUAUUGAAAACUACAAGGACUAAAAAAACAAAAAACAACCAAUCAUAAAAAAUAUCUCAAAUCUCCAAGAGCUUCAUCCAUUGUGAUUUACCUUCUUUGCCUCUACUAUUUCGGUCUCAUGGAUUUGGACAACAUUAUACUUCAUUAUACUUCAUUAUACUAAUGUUACUGUAAGAAAAUACAUACAAUGGAACAUAAACUUCUAACACCUGUAAAGUAGAACAACUCUAGAAGUGGAACACCUCUCUAAGUGGA